CGUCCAAUACCCGCAUCGGUCAUGGCAGUGCUCCAGGAAUACAGCAUCUUCAGCAAGCUCGCUCUUCUGGUCCUCGCGGUUGAGAUUGUGGUCUACCUUGGUGCCCUCAUCUCGCCGUCGUUCAUCGGGGCUUCCAAGCGCCGAGCCCUGCUCAAGUUCCUGCGUAACUCGCACAAAGUCAAGGCCCUCAAGCACGCCUCUUUGAUUGUUGCGGCCUGCGUGGGCUUGCUGUUCCUCGAAAGUCUCGUCCAGAUCAUCCGAAAGUCCAACCUCCCGAAUGAUGGCACUUCGAACAGCGCUAUAAUCGUCCGGGUCACUGCCGAGCGAGACUUUGCUAUCACCUCCUUCACGGCAUUCGCAACUCUUGCUGUUUUCAUCAAGCUCAAGGACAAGAACAGCUACCUGAAGUUGCUGGAAAGGCUCGAGAGCAACGAUUCCAAAAGCGAGUAGAUUCAUCCGAUAGCGUGGAGGGUUGCUCCAGCAACCCCGGUAGACACUCGGACACCGCGAUGCCCUCCGAAGUGCCUCAUACCGUCAAUAUAUUCAUCGAUCGCUCGGGCA